CUGACUGUCGCUCGGUCUCCCCAACGUCUGUCCGGACUGUUUCACUGGAGUGAUUGGAAGAGAAUCCCCCAAAGACACGGCAUCUAAGUGCGAAACACAAUCACCAAUCGAUCGUACGAUCCAGAUAUCGGGUAACAAGAACACUGAACACGCCAUAACAAUAAUAAUAUUCCACCUUGCCUGGACGGGUAUAAGUAUUCAUGUUCGCUGCUCGUUCACUCUCUUCCUCCAUCGCCUCCGCCUCCUCUCGCUCAACCGUCCUACUCAACCACUUGCGCAAAAUGUCUUCCGCUCCUCACGAAGUUGUGAUCGUCGCUGCCUCGCGCACUCCUGUUGGCUCACUCAAUGGGGUACUGAAGACCCUCACCGCUCCUCAACUCGGCAUUGUCGCUCUCAAACAUGCCCUUGAGACCAGCAAGGUCCCUCCAGCGGCUGUUGAGGAGAUCUACAUGGGCAACGUUGUCCAGGCCGGUAUCGGACAGUCACCUGCGCGCCAGGUUGCUCUUGGUGCCGGACUCAGCGAGAACAGCGAUGCGACCACGGUCAACAAAGUUUGCGCUAGCGGCCUCAAGGCAAUUAUGAUUGCUUCUCAGAGCAUCUCAUCCGGAUACAAGAGUGUCGUGGCUGCUGGUGGAAUGGAGAGUAUGAGCAAUGCUCCCUUCUUGUUGCCGCGAACCAACCCGGUCUUCGGCAAGAUUGAGGUGAAGGAUUCCGUCGAGGUCGACGGUCUCUUCGAUGUGUACAACAAGUUCGCGAUGGGCAACUGCGCAGAGAACACUGCUGAGAAACACGGCAUCUCUCGGGAGUCUCAAGAUAGCCACGCAAUUGAGUCAUACAAGCGUUCAGCGAAGGCUUGGGAAACUGGCGCAUUCACUGCUGAGGUCGCACCUGUAACGAUCAAGGGCAAGAAGGGUGACACAAUCGUGAAGGAGGAUGAGGAGUUCAGGAAGGUCAUCUUUGAGAAGAUUCCUUCGCUAACCCCUACCUUCAAGAAAAACGGCGGUACCGUCACUGCUGCUAAUUCGUCGAACUUGAACGAUGGCGCUUCUGCACUCAUCCUCAUGUCUGCGGAGAAAGCUAAAGAGCUCGGCGUCAAGCCCCUAGCGAAGAUUAUCUCGUACGCGGAUGCGGGUCUCGCACCUAUUGACUUCCCAUUGGCACCAACUGUCGCCUUACCGAAGGCUCUUGAAUCAGCAAACCUCACCAUAAACGACAUCUCGCUUUUCGAGAUUAACGAAGCGUUCUCUGUUGUCGUACGUGCCGCCGAGAAGCUUCUUAACAUCCCGUCAGAAAAGAUCAACGUAAAUGGUGGUGCUGUCGCCCUUGGUCAUGCUAUCGGAAACUCCGGAUCGCGCAUUAUCGUAUCGCUUGUCCACGCUCUCAAGUCUGGACAAUAUGGUGCGGCCGGUAUCUGCAAUGGGGGAGGUGCAGCUUCUGCACUCGUCAUCCAGAAGCUAUAAAGAUAGCUACCUUAUCUUUGGGCAGAGCGAAAGGAGAGGAGGCGCACACGACAGUACUUGUAUAGAUACGCAUGCAUUGCAGUUUUCGAUUACCUUCCUUCCCAACAUAGCUUUGUUAUGACAUCGAUUUUUAGCUUGCUAAGAGACGGUGCGUUUUGAAUAGGUUUGCUGUAAGAUAUUGGAAAUAGGAUAUGAC